CAGAAACACACUGUACUGAAGCGGUUGCUCUGAGCGCGCGCGUCCGCGUCCGCCGGUGGAAUGUACCUCCGUCAAACUACGAAUCUAUGAAUCUGCAUUUCUUCAUUUAAAACGACUUAUUAUCCUCUUACGGGGAACUUUUUUUUUAACCUAGCCGAACCUGCAUUACCUUUUUCUUUUAUUAAAGAUGACCAGGCGCUCGUAUGGAAUAUAUGGAUAUGACGAUGCACCAUUUUUCUUGUACAUUCACCAGUUAUAAUACAUCAUUUCAUUUUUAACGGUAGUGAUUUACAUUUUUCUUUAGUUAAAAGUAACAUUUACUUUUGUUCAUGAAAUGAUUUAUUUUAUUUUAUUUACAAAAUAGGACAAAAAAAAAGUUUUUUAACUUUUACGCAUGCAGGUAAGCUUGGUUUUUUGACAUGAUGCUUUAAUCCCAAUGGAUAUUCGUUAAUGACGGUCCUUUUAAAUGCAUCCAUGCAACCAACUCACUAUAAAAUGACUCACUGUAGCAUUCUUCAGGGGAGAUGUUGACUCCAGGACGAAAGCAUAACAUUGAGGGGUCAAAUGCAGGCGAAUGAGCCUUGAGGAAUGUUUUUAAACGAUUUGUGGCUGUCAGUAGCCUCUGUCGGAACAUGUUUCUCUCAGCUGUAAUGUUUGGCGUGGCCCUGAAUAUAUGUUCCCUAUUUUUUUUUUUUUUUUUUUUAGAUGAUAAUAUGAUUGUAUGACAAACAGAUAUAUACAUGUAAUUUAUCAUUUUGAGACAAAAUCUAAAAUAGUUGCACAUGUUUGUAUGUUUUAAAGACUGCAUGCAAUUAGCCUACUUUGGAUAAUGAUACAUUUCCUGUUUGUACAGGAAGUUUGGGUGGGGGUGCUUUUUAAAAUGGUCAGUGAAAUAGAAAUAUCCCAAUAGAUUUAUAGUCAAAUUGGCCAGACAUGGUUUCAGGAAUUCACUAUUUAAAAAUAAAAUAAAAUAAAAAUCAUAAUGUGUAAACAAUGGCAAUGUUUAAUUACAUGAUGGCAUAAUUGUGCCUAUAUUUUACAGCUUAUAACUGUGUAUUUCAUUAAGUGAUAUAAUGUUAAAAUAUUAAACUCAGUCAAAAUCAGCUUUAUUUUUGCCUUAAAAUACUGAACACCACCAUAAUAAUACAGGUGGUAUAGAAAAUCCACAUGAUGAUCACUGUACACUGAAAAAAAAAGAAAGAAAUUUCACUAAAUUUGACAAAUGGCAAGUAACACAUUGAAUUAAAUUUGAAUUUUUGAAUCAGAAAGACUAAAAUAGUAUUUUCAUGUAAAAUGUACUCCGAUAAUCUACAAAAAAAAAAUAUAUAUGUUUGCCUGUCCAUAAAACAGAAUAUGCAACUCAAGAAUGUAGGAUAUAUUUUAGUAUUAUAACUUUUUUGCUGCAUUAUAGUACUGCACGUAUACUGUUCACUGUAUGUGGAUGAUCUGUACUACAUUUACUGAAAGAUGCUAUGUGAUGUGACAAUCACACUAAUACAUUUUUUUAUAUAUUUAUCUGGGAAUAUCUGUAUUUUUAAAAAUGAUUAAAAGUAUUCAGUAAGCAAGAAAGAGAAAGCUCGUACCUUUAAAAUGCACAUAAUGGCUACAAUACUAAUUUUGAUUUCUUGGUGUCUUUCAAAUGAUCUAUUCUAAACCUAUUUCUCCAUCCUAUCAGCAGCUCUGCAUGAAGAUGGGCGCCCCGCAGCUAAAAACUCCUCUGAGUUAGCCAUGCAUCACUACAAUUCAUCAGGCGCUGCGCCACUCAGCCCAUAUUCCAACGACAGUCAAUGGGAAGGACAGCCGACCUCUCCAUCACUUGCCGACUCCGAGAAUGUCACCUCGGAGAGACCGAUCCUGAGCGGCCCUAUAGCUGCAAUGCUCUCAAUGACCCUGGGGAUCCUGUCUAACAUUGUGGCUUUAUUCAUCCUGGCAAACGCAUACGCUCGCCUACGUCGACGAUCCAAAGCAUUUCUCCUGUUUGCCAGCUCUUUGGUGGCUACCGACUUUGUGGGGCAUGUCAUACCUGGUUCAAUAGUCAUGAGGCUGUAUCUUUCUGGAGGUGUACCCUCUGAAGAAUACAACCGGGCGGACCCAUUAUGCCAGUUUCUAGGAGGCAGCAUGGUGUUUUUCGGACUGUGUCCACUCUUUCUUGGUUGCGCCAUGGCAGCUGAGAGGUGUUUAGGGGUGACAAAGCCACUGCUCCAUGCGUCUCUGGUUACAACCACAAGGACUAAGCUCUCUCUUUCUGUUAUCUGGUUAGCAGCUCUUUGCGUUGCUCUUCUGCCCUGCUUUCAGCUGGGUUCAUAUACCUACCAGUAUCCUGGUACCUGGUGUUUCAUUAAAGUGCUGGAGGACACAGAGAAGGCAGACGUGGCCUUUGUUAUGUUGUUCUCUGGACUGGGGUUGACAUCCCUUGCUGUUGCUUUGGUGUGUAACACCAUAAGUGGACUGACGCUUGUGUUAGCGAGGAUACGAAAGAAACCCUGUAACCAUCGAUCGGCUAGAUCCCAUGAUAUUGAGAUGGUGGUGCAACUUGUAGGCAUAAUGGUCACAUCUUGUAUCUGCUGGAGCCCUCUUCUGAUUGUUGGCUUAAUUACAGUGAAACAGUCAUACGAGGGCUCUAUUGGAGAUGACCUUGCCACCUUUAAGACCCUAAUGAUAAUGGGAGUGCGGAUAGCAUCCUGGAACCAGAUACUGGACCCAUGGGUCUAUAUUCUCCUUCGUCGUUCCGUCCUCCAAAAGAUUUACUUCAUCACCAAACGUCCAACAGACUUUAAGGAAAGCACUUUUCGCUGCUGGGAGAUCCAUUCCUUCCCCAGCUCUGAGAAGAAUCCUGUCAGUAGAGUGUGAAUCUGAGUGUGCAUCAAUAACAACAGGAGGCCUACUCGGUGUCACAGAGGAUCUCACAGGGCCCCUUUAUUACAAUAUGUACUGCACUCUCUAUGUUAAGAAUGUAAUUAUUUAAGCAAAUUUGCACAAAGAUAAAUAAAGCAUGAGAUGAACAUUCCUAUUACUCCCUGUAAAGCGCUAAUAAUAAGAAUUUGGCUGGAAACUUGCCUGUGAAAGAGAGAACAGCAAUUAUUUGCUGUCUUGGGCCCUCAAUACAGAAAAUACACUGGUGUUAGUAAUUGAGGCAUUAAUUUGGCCAGUGUUGUAGCUUUAGGUCUGGGACAGUGUUUUUAUGUGUCCCUAGUUGUUCCCCAUGAUGAUGGCCCUGGGCAUGAAAACCGACAUGACAGUAACGAGAAGCACAAAAAAUAUUUUAAACAUUGUCUUAUUGGAAAGAAAUGUUCACCUAAUCAGAUUUUGUACAGCAUGAUCAUCAACAAUAUAUUAACUGUGAGGUAAACCCAUAUUUCAUGUGGUGAACAUUAUUUCCCCUCAAAGAAGGGGAAGACAGUUUCCCCUUAUGUUUGUCUUGCAUAUAUGUUACUGUGCAAAAAUGCUCAUGUGAAUAAUAAUCUUCAUAUUAUUGUAUAAUUUAUUUCUUGUGUUAUCCCUCCAAUUUUCUGGAGGCUUUUAAUGUUGUUAUUUUACAUUGAAAAGCAUUAUAAUAAAACAAAACAAAAUUUCA